AGCAUGGCGAGCGGCGGAUCGGCCUGAAGGAGGGCGUCGUCCCCCGCGCCAGGAAUGAAAUGUUAAUCCUGGGGCACUGAUGUUUUACAAUGCCUGAUCAAGACAAAAAGGUGAAGACCACAGAGAAAUCAGCAGAUAAGAAACAACAAGGAAUCUCCACUAGGGACUACUCAGAUCUUAAAAGACUUCGGUGCCUGUUAAACGUUCAAUCAAGCAAACAACAGCUUCCAGCCAUUAAUUUUGACAGUGCCCAGAAUAGUAUGACGAAAUCAGAACACGCCAUCAAGGCUGGUGGACACAGAAGUUGCGGUCAAUGGCAAGAGUCAACUGAGGCUGUUGAACUGGAAAACUUCAGCGUAAACUACAAGAAUGAGAGAAAUUUUAGCAAACAUCCGCAACACAAACUGUUUCAGGAGAUCUUCACAGCAUUGGUGAAAAACAGACUUGUAUGCGGAGAGUGGGUUAAUCGGGCCCCAUCUAUUCAUUUUCUGAGAGUGUUAAUAUGCCUGAGAUUACUCAUGAGGGAUCCAUGUUAUCAGGAAAUACUCCAUAACUUGGGUGGAAUUGAAAACCUCGCCCAGUACAUGGAGAUUGUAGCAGACGGGUACCUCGGAUACGGAGAAGAGCAGCAUAGCGCUGACAAGUUAGUCAACAUGAUGUAUAUCUUUCAGAAACUUUCUGCUGUCAAAGAUCAGAGAGAAUGGGUCAUAGCAAGUGGAGCCCACAAGACAUUAGUAAAUUUAUUAGGAGCCAGAGACACAAAUGUUCUGUUGGGGGCCCUUCUCGCACUUACUAGUUUAGCUGAAAGUCCAGAAUGUAGGGAGAAGAUCAGUGAGCUCAGCAUUGUGGAAAACCUGCUGAUGAUCCUACAUGAGUAUGACCUGCUCUGUAAGAGGCUAACUGCUGAGUUGCUGCGGCUCCUUUGUGCCGAGUCCCAAGUGAAGGAGCAGGUGAAGGUGUACGAAGGCAUCCCCGUCCUCCUCAGUCUGCUCCAUUCUGAUCACCUGAAGCUUCUCUGGAGCGUCGUCUGGAUUCUGGUCCAGGUGUGUGAGGACCCCGAGACCAGCGUGGAGAUCCGCACGUGGGGAGGCAUCAAGCAGAUCCUGCACAUUUUACAGGGAGACAGAAAUUUAGUUUCUGAUCGUUCUUCCAUUGGAAGCUUGUCUAGUGCAAAUGCAGCAGGGAGAAUCCAACAGCUUCGUUUGUCAGAAGAUUUAAGCCCUCAAGAAAUACAAGAAAAUACCUUCUCUCUUCAGUCAGCCUGCUGUGCCGCUCUGACCGAACUGGUGCUCAAUGACACAAAUGCUCACCAAGUUGUACAGGAAAAUGGUGUAUAUAUAAUAGCAAAGUUAAUUUUACCAAGCAAACAAAAGAAUGCAGCAAAAACUCAUUUAUUGCAGUGUUAUGCUUUUAGAGCCUUGCGGUUUCUCUUCAGUAUGGAAAGGAAUAGACCUCUCUUUAAAAGACUUUUCCCCACUGACUUGUUUGAGAUCUUCAUUGAUAUAGGACAUUAUGUACGCGAUAUCAGCGCUUAUGAAGAGCUGGUAUCAAAGUUGAAUUCACUGAUGGAGGAUGACCUGAAACAGAUUGCUGAAAACAUUGAAAGCAUAAAUCAGAAUAAAGCACCAACGAAAUAUAUAGGCAACUAUGCCAUUUUAGACCACCUUGGGAGCGGUGCUUUUGGAUGUGUUUAUAAGGUUAGGAAGCGCAGUGGUCAAAAUCUUUUAGCAAUGAAAGAAGUAAACCUACAUAACCCUGCAUUUGGAAAGGACAAGAAAGAUCGAGAGAGCAGUGUGAAGAACAUUGUCUCGGAGCUAACGAUAAUUAAGGAGCAGCUUUAUCACCCCAAUGUUGUACGCUACUAUAAAACUUUCCUAGAAAAUGACAGGUUGUACAUAGUUAUGGAACUCAUAGAAGGAGCACCUCUUGGAGAACAUUUCAGUUCUUUGAAAGAGAAACAGCACCAUUUUACUGAAGAGAGGAUAUGGAAUAUAUUUAUACAACUGUGCCUGGCUCUUCGUUACUUGCAUAAAGAGAAAAGGAUUGUCCACCGAGACCUCACGCCGAACAAUAUCAUGUUGGGGGAUAAGGACAAAGUAACCGUCACUGACUUUGGCCUGGCAAAACAAAAGCAAGAAAACAGCAAACUCACAUCGGUUGUUGGAACAAUUCUCUACUCCUGCCCUGAGGUUUUGAAGAGUGAGCCCUAUGGGGAAAAAGCUGAUAUCUGGGCUGCAGGCUGCAUCCUCUAUCAGAUGGCGACACUGAACCCUCCCUUCUACAGUACCAACAUGCUCUCCUUAGCGACGAAAAUAGUAGAGGCAGUAUAUGAACCAGUCCAAGAAGGGAUCUACUCUGAAAAAGUAACAAUUAUAAUCAGCAGAUGCUUAACUCCUGAUGCAGAAGCACGGCCGGAUGUGGUGGAGGUCAGCUCAAUGAUAUCUGAUGUCAUGAUGAAGUAUUUAGAUGGCUUAUCCACUUCCCAGCUUGCGUUAGAAAAGAAGCUAGAACGGGAGAGGCGGCGCACACAGCGAUAUUUCAUGGAAGCCAACCGGAAUGCUGUCACUUGUCAUCAUGAGCUGGCGAUCUUAUCUCAUAGAUAUAAUUUUUCCUCUGAGGACUGCUUUAGAUGCAUCCAAAAAAUUUUGGAAAAUUUUGAGAAGGCCAGCCUGAGCAGCAGCAGCAGUGGCGGGGCCAGCUUGAAAAGCGAGCUUUCUGAGAGUGCUGACCUUCCCCCAGAGAGCUUUCAGCAACCCUGUGGGAAAGACGAAGACAGAGCUUGUGAUGAAAUCUUGUCCGAUGAUAACUACAACUUAGAAAAUAUCGAAAAAGACACAUAUUCGGAAUUAGAUGAUGAGCUAGACAUCUCUGAUAACUCCAGCAACUCUAGCUCAAGCCCUUUGAAGGAGUCAACAUUUGGCAUAUUAAAACGAAGUUUCAGUGCUUCUGGAGGAGAAAGACAGUCUCAUGGAAGGGAAUACAGCGGAGGAAUAGGAUCAAGGCCAAGACCAGCUUCUGCAGGGAUCGCUGUGUCCCAGAGAAAAGUACGGCAGAUCAGCGACCCCAUUCAGCAGAUCUUAAUUCAGCUGCACAAAGUUAUCUACAUCACCCAGCUCCCUCCUGCUCUGCACCACAAUUUGAAAAGAAGGGUUAUUGAGAGAUUCAAGAAAUCCCUCUUCAGCCAGCAGAGCAAUCCUUGUAACUUGAAAUCCGAAAUUAAAAAGCUGUCCCAAGGAUCUCCAGAGCCAAUCGAACCAAACUUUUUUACAGCAGAUUGUCAUUUAUUACUGCAUUCAUCAGGUGGAAAUACCCUAUCCCCAAAUGACAGGACAGGAAUUCCCAGCAGCUUUGAUCUGGAGGAGGGAAUAACCUAUGAACAGAUGCAGACUGUGAUUGAAGAAGUGCUGGAAGAAAGUGGCUAUUACAACUUUACUUCUAACAGGUAUCAUUCCUAUCCGUGGGGAACAAAGAACUAUCCAACUAAAAGAUGAAAAACCUGUUUCGAGUGGACUGGGGUUUGUUUUUCCCAAUGAAGUUAACCUGCCAGGACUUCAGUUAUUACAACGUGAUGGCCAAAGGGAUAUGCUUUGCCUGAAGGGUAUCAAAGAGAAGAAACCAAAGCUGAAAUGAAUCCAGCAUGCCUUCCCGGAUUCUCGAUGCACGGGGCACGUGGCUGCCAUCCACAGCCACUCCAUUCUCUGCAGGAAGCUCUGUGCCUGUUACUUGGUCAGAAUGCUGCAAGUUUCAUUUGCUGGGAGAAAACAUUCCUUAACAGAACUUUCUUCCAUUUUAAAAAAAAGUUUUUCCUAUUUUUUAAACAAUGAUUUGAUCCUCAGGAUUGCUGAAACUAUGUAUUUAAGGGCAUGUAGCCUUCCUUUUAUCAAAAAUAGGGAUCAAUUUGAAAAAGAAAAAAAAAAGCAAGAUCCAAAUAACAAAUUGGGAGACUCACUGUAUCAAUUUUAAUAGAAAUCCAAAACUGCAGUUUGCAACUUAAAUGAAAGAAUUGGCUUGACAUCAACCACCUGGGUGCUAAUAAACUUCAAGUUUGAUACAGUGUAGACAGUAUUUGCAAGCUGUACAGCUUUGGAGAAUAACUGUCAAUUUUUAAAUUUGAGGCCAGAAGAGUAGACUAUAUUCAUGUACAGUGUGCAUAUGUAUGUAUAUAUAAAUGUGUAUAUAUAGAGAUAUUUUAUGUUUACCUAAAAAAUAAAUACCUAGAUGAAAGGGAUGCUUUGCUGCUAAUCAAACCUGCAGGGCUUACUGAAAGCUAAGAAGAUGUACACCCUGUCGCCGAGAUCUGAUUGUCCUGACUCCAUGGCCUGCCCUCUUGAAGUUUAAACAGUUGUUUAAAAAAGGAAAUUAUUGUGUAAUGAAUGUUCAGUUCUUAUAUCCAGUGUGAACUACUGUUAAAAAGUAAUGUAUAUAUGUAUGUUGUCAUAUACAUAACACAUAAGAUUUGUGUGUAUAUAUUUAUGUAUCAGAAUAUCAAAAUGCCAAACAGUGACACUUCCCUGUAUAAAUCUGGCUAUUGACUGUAAGAUACAGUUCUUAAAUGAUCACCUUUGGUACAUAUGUGUACAUAGACACAUGUGUAUACAUACUGCUUCCUGGGUAGCUACAGUGUGUCUUGAUAAGGCUUUAUAAGAACUUCCCAUGCCAAAUUAGAGCUUCCUUACAACAGGACCUUUAAAUAAAUAGUAGGAAGGCAGGCCUAAAUACUGCUUUCAUGUAAGAGCUUUUUGCUGACCUUUUGAAAUAUGUAUUUGCAUCUUUACUUUUGCAUAACAGGGAAAGGAUUUGACUGAUUAUAUAUCACUAAACUAAUGUAUCUGUUUAGUUUAUUCUCUAUCUUAAAAUGUCCCAAAGAGAAUGACCCAUGGAGUGUGAUAACCUUCUUAUUGUGAUCUGAUAUAUAUUUUUUAUAUUUAAAAUACAUAUGCAUUCCCAUUAAGUUUACACUUAUACCCUGGGGGGUAUCAAUGGGAAUCUUUGUAACCAAAUCAGUUAGUACAAGGGCAUUAUAAUUUAAAAUAAGAGCUGUAUCUCCAAGGUGAUUGGAAAUGCCUUUUUUUAAAAAAAAUGUAGUAGUAAGAAAAAAAAGAUUUUGUCAGAGCUUCUGAAGGCCCGCUCCUGUCUGUUCAUGGCAGAGCAGAAUUGAGUGAUCACGUAAGAAGUCUUCCUUUGUGAUGCCAGCAAAGUUCCUUGGGACAUCUGUUUUUGUUCACAGUGGCCCAAUUACAAGAUUAAAGAAUCCAGAUUUGGGGAAGAAUAGUGUUUAAAAUAUCUGCAUUAUCAAACUUUUCCAGCUUUUUUCUCUAUUCUCCAACUUCUUGUCCCCUGUCCACCUCAGGGCUUUUAUUUUAUGUAUGUUUUUCAACCAGUAGCGGUUAUGUGAGAAUCUGGACUGGUCAAGGAGUAUACACAAAUCUGAAAACAUCGUGAUUCUUUUGAUUACUAUAGAUAGCAAUGAGGAAUGACCCCAGCAAGUCACCCCAUUACUUCAAUGACCAAGGGAUGCUUGACCACCUCCCAAUCUAUGGGCAUAAUAACCACUCUUCAUCCAUCCCUCUGUCAAUUCAGGUGUAAGGUCAAAGGCUAUGAUGACCUCAUUUUGCCCAUCCACAUCCUGGCCUUCACUCAAUUAUUACUUAAUUUUUUGCUUAAGUGGCAACCGCAGGGUUUCAUUCCUUGAUCCUCUUCCACGUGGCCCCUGGCAGCUGCUGAAAGCCCUGGCAAAGGUAGAAGAAGCCCAGAACCUUACCAUGGGCCAGAAGUCAAGUGCUUCUAAACUAGGCCAUUUUAUGCAUCCUGGGCUUGAGGCUCAUAAAUGAUCUCCUGAGGUAGCAGUGGGUGACAAGUACAAUGGACAAAAUGAUAUCCUUUCCGACCUGUUGUCUAAGUGCAGAAUCCAGACAUCAGACUUUGUUAAGAAAGUGCCCCCCCCCCAAAAAAAAACAUUUCCAGUGUUUUGUUGUUGUUUCGUAAGUGUUUGCAUUUGAUAUUAUUGAUCUGGGAGUAAAUAAAUGGCUAUUUCCUUGGAAGUGUGUAAGUGUUUGGACCCUUCCAGUGUCAUUGAGUAUACCAGAAGUUACAACUCUUCUAAGUAUAAAGGGGAGCUAAAAGCAUAAGCAACAACAAAAUCAUUGGAUCCUCUGCCCAGCGAUAGUCUCCGUCCUUCUGUGCCUAUGUAUGUUGUUCUUUUUUCUAAAGAGAGCCAGUUUUUUAAUUGACCCCUUAUACUACCAUUGUCAGACAAAUGUAUGAUUCUCCUUGGGCAUGAGCUGCCGGAGGGAAGUUAGGUACCGCCUAGAGUUCUACUCAGUGCCUUGAUUUGUAUCCCAAGGACCUGCAGGAGGUGCAGGCUGACUCCUUAACAUGGCAACAAGGAGAGGCUGGCUUAUAGUGAAAGUUCAUUAAUUUUGCUUUUGACUAUCUUAAUCAUCUUCCUUUGUGGACAAGUCCUUCGUUGAGCUGGGAAAGUCUCGAUAAUCUUUUAUUGAUUGCGUUUCUCUUUUAUUUUGCCUCUCUCUUCUGUAUACUUUGUAAUUAUUUGUUGUGCUGUGAAAAUCCCACUUAGUUCAUGUAAUUCAAAGGGACUUAGCUUUCUAUGGCUAGAAUACAAAUCAGCCUUUUGGGCUCACUUUUGAUUCGUGGAUGCUCCAGUUAAUUAUGUUUUGAUCCAUCAGCUGUGUCUGAAUAUGUGCUGUUGAACCUUAUUUUACUUUUUUAAGUCCAGAUUUUCCAUUCCCCAUGAAGUGAUUGUAUCAGUUACACCUGCUUGUUGUCAUCUCUCCCAUAUGUGCUCUGCAAGCCCCUUUAUGGCUAAACUAUCAUUAGGAACAGUAACUCUCACCCUGCACCAAAGGUUAAUGGCGGAGUCUUUUGGGAAACCCACAGAAGAAGUGCUCAUGUUGAGUGUGGAUAUUUGCAUCCUCAUGUGCAAUGGCUUUUGAUGUUAAUUGGCAUUCUUACUUCCUUGGCAAACAGGAUGUUCCUCGUCACAAUAGAUGAGUUGUCCCAAACGUUACAAUGUGUAGUGCUAUUGAUUAGGGGUCAAUGUUAUCCUUAGGGUUCCUGGCAUUCAGCUGACAAGAUGAGAUGAAUUUUGAUGCUCAGAUCCAGGACUUCACCAGUGGUGUUUUCGAACUGUGCCACAAAUGUUCACCAACAACUACCAUGAAUAUUUUUCAUGUGUGAUGACUGUGAUAUUGCAUGGUUGUUUUUGAUCAGUAUUAUGCAGAUAAAAAGCCACAUCCUUUGUCA